UGACACUCUACUACCCCCCACGCCCCACUACCACCACACACAUACACUUACUUACCGUUAAAACUUUCAACAGCGCGCCCCUCAUGCGCCGACCCAAAACCGGCGUGUCUCUCGAGGAGGCGCGUGACGUCGCCGCACUCGACGACCUCGCGCUCAGCCUCGUACAGCGCGUCUUCGUGCCCGAAGGCAAAGUCGGCGCACGCAUUCUACCAAACCAGGCUUUACCCCCAAUUGACCUAACCCACACGUCGGUGAACAACGCGGCGUCGUUCCGUUCCGUGCUCGAGGGCCUCUUCGACACGUACCUCACGCAACGCGUUGCCACCGUGCCCGAAGCAAUCUUGACUUGGCUGCUCGAUACCUGGACGCGUACAGUGUUUGGCGGCCAGCUGUUCGUCAAGGCCGACGCGAACGGCGUGCCGGCCCUGCAUGCCCGCACCGAGAUCAGCCCAGUGACCAACCUCGCCGGCGUCGAGGACCUGCUCAUCGACCUGCGCGGCGAGAAAAACUACGAGAGCUUGGAGAUGACCGACUUCUUCGCCAACUGGGAUAGGAAAAAGGUCGAGAUGUGGCUCGGGCCCAUGCGCCUCGUGAACGUGAGCUGUGCGGCCUCGUCCAAUGCCGAGUUCCGCAACAAGCCCGCGAGCCAAGCCACAAAGAAGCUGGCCAUUGCCGUGCCGCAGCUCGAUGGUGUGGGGGUUCAGCGCCUCGAAACCCUCAAGAAGACGAUCGAUGCAGACCAGCCCAUUCGCGUGCACUACGGCGGGUCGUAUGACAACGAGUGCACGUGCCACCGCCAUCUCAAGUUUCGUGCUUCCGAACCGGCCCCGGUCGCCAGCCCACCAGCACGCAAACAGCGCAAGGUUGCCCCCAAGGAGGCGUCGACGCCUCCUCGGGCUCGUCCGCCCCGCGCCGCCAAGGCCAACGCACGCGUAGUGCAGCCCAUCGUGUUUGAGGGCGAGUCGGAGCAGGAGAUCGACGCCGACGGCGACGAUUCGGGGGCCGACUACCGUCCUGAUGACGAGGAGAUGGGAGACGCCGAGGCGGCCAGCGACGAGCUCGAGCGCGUAGUCAAGAGCGCUACACCCGGACCAUCGCGGAGGCGCCAGCACGAGUCGGACUCGGAGGGCGAGUUCAACCCCGUGCCGACGAAGCGCCGAAGGCUGUCGAAGCGGCGUACCAUCCCCGCUUCACCGCCGACGCCAUCAGUAGCCAGCCCACGAGACUCUAAUGACAGCCUCGCACCUCUGGACUCGUCCCCUGUCAGCCAGGCCGGGGCGUUGCGGAGACUGUUCCCUUCGGACACUGAGGACGAGGUUGCGGGCCCUUCGCAGCGACAGGUCACGCUGCAGGUUAGGCCGCCAAUCUCACGUCUGCAGGUUGCGCACCAAUUGACCGAGCUCGGCCAGAAGAAGAUCGCGCUGGCGUCCCUAGAGGCCAUGUUGGAGGUUACAAGGGGCUCGGAGAAGAUGAUCGCCUCGCUCAAGACCGAGGUCAAGACGCUGAAGGAGCGCGGCACGGCGCUCGAUCAGGAGAGAAAGAAGGGGAAUUCGGUUAUCAAGCAGAUCUCUGCAGACCGUGACAAGCGACUGCAGGCAGUGCACGCCAAGAUCAACGAACUGCAGGCGGAACUUGCAGCCGCGCAAGGCGCCUCCUCGUCCAAGGACCAUCAGCUCAAACUCGCGCACGAGCACAUUGCUGAGCUCCGGGCCGAGGCUGAGACUUGCACCACAAGCCUGAAGCAGGCCAACCAGCUCAUUGGGCAGCUCAAGACGGACGCUGCUGCGAAUGGCCUCCCGCUGCGUCAUCUGGACCGCAAUGGCACCGGCGCGGGUGGCAGCAGUGCUGCGGCCGUGACGCCGACCCAGCCCCGUGCCAACCACCACCCCCCGACCCCAGCGGACUCGUCCACCAGCCGCGCACCGCCACAGCGGCCAGCCCCGCUCCCGACUCCAGAGCCCAGCCGCUCGUCGAUCCCGCCCCCCAGCGCGCGGACGCCCGCCCCACCUGCUCGCCCGGCUGUCAAGAAGCCUGUCGGGGCCCGAUUCUGGGCCGCAAAGUAG